UCGGUUUUUUUUUUGGCUCCCCUGGGUCGAACGCCGAACUCGUGAGUCACACCAUUGAUACAGGCGUACGUGACCUUCCAUUUUCGUAUGAAUCAACAUGUAAUAACAAGACGAUCCUGUGUUAAUGAACGAGUUCGAGUCAACCAAAUGGAGAAGACGACGUCCCGGAGUAGCUCGAUUACCGAUUUGGACGGUGACUCACUGGCUCACUGUGCCAGCUACCUUAGCCUCCAAGACCUCUCCAACAUGGCCAUGUCCUCCCGUUCCCUCAGACGCCUCGCUUACUCCGAUUCCAUCUGGCAACGCGUGUUCAGGGAUCAUUGGCCACAAGAAGUAUCGUCCAUCUCACCUCAGACAGGAAUUAGGGAAGCAUAUUUAGCCAGGCGUACGGCAAUGCUGCAGUUCAAAUAUCUCGAUCCUUUCGUUGCUGACUUUUUUACGGAUUCAAGACCUUGUGAUCAUAUUCUCCUGGAAAAUAAUGACAUUAUCUUCUCCCAGGGUUCCUUUGUGCAUAUGGUGAACAUCGACAGAUUUUUAGGUGGAAAUAGUUCGUUUGUCACACUAAGUGAUCAUAAAGCAAGAAUUACUGGCAUGAGAUUGUUUCCGCUUAAAGAAACUUCUUUAUUUCGAGGUGAGGCGCAACAAAUGGAGAAUGUUUUAGUGACCUCAAGCUGUGAUCACUCCAUUCGUUUAUGGUGGAAGGGUUUGUGCCAACGAUGUUUUAGAGGUCAUAAUGGCCCAGUGACUGCCUUGUCAGAUAAGUUAUUAGGUGAAGAUAGUGACAAGGUUUUGGGUAGUGGUGGUGAAGAUGGUACUGUUCGCCUUUGGUCACUCGGAUCAAGUGGAAAACGUGGCCGGCAUGCUUUGAAGGCUACUCUCUAUGGACAUGAGAAACCUGUCAAACUGAUGUCGGUUGCCAGACACAAAACUUCCCUUCUGGUGACCAUUUCAAAAGAUUCCAAGGUUCGGGUUUGGGAUACAAGUACCUCAUCUGCUGUUCGUUCUUCAUGCUGUGUGGGGAUGACAUCUGUGACUGGUGUACCAGUGGAUAUGAAGUGUCAUGAGUCAUUGCUUUAUGUUGCUGCUGGUUCAUCAGUUGUGACCGUUGAUUUAAGGACGAUGCAGAAAGUUGUUACUGCAGCAGUCUAUCAACCUAAGUUGUGCUCUUUUGCAAUUAUGCCCUCAAAAUCCUUGAUCUGCACUGGUGGAAAUAGCAAAGCCAUGCUUUGGGAUAUUCGGAAAAACCAAGAUAAACUGAAACCAGAACAAGUAGCCGAGCUGGAUGGACAUACAGGACCUGUGACGCUUUUGCACAUGGAUUCAAACAAAAUAGUAACUGGAGGGCCCGAUGACGUUUGUACUAAUGUUUGGGAGGCUGACACUGGUAGACUGACAAACUCCCUCCUUUGCUUUUUUCUGGGGGAAGCAAGUGUUGGUGGUGGUUGUACAUCCAUGGCUGUAAGUGGAAGUAGAAUUGUGACUGCUAGCUCAAGCAUUGCUGAAGAAAAUGGACUCUUACGCUACAGAGAUUUCUCCAAUGCUAGUUGUCCUGUUUUAAGUUCUGAAGAUGAGCAUGAUUCCAAGUUUUGGAAUCCACGGUCUUACAGCGACCCCGAUAGCUCAGAUUACUGAAUAUGGUGUUUGUAUUAUUGUAUAAACAAGCAUGACCUUCUGUAAUAAUAUCUUAUUUUCUUCUGUGUUUCAUUCAUUUCAAAACAAUUGUCAAUAAGAGAGGAGAAAGUAGUAACA